AUUCAUUCUUCUUUUGUCUGUCUGCUUUCUCCCUCUUAUCCACUCACUCUUCCAUUCCACUCCACCGGCCACCCACCUUGUUCCAAUCUUCUUUUCUUCCACUCCGGUCUCACCUUCUUUUCUUCCUUUUCCCUAGAGGCUGUCAAUUCUUCUAUCCGUGACCUUUUCCUCUUUCUUUCUGCCCUUACUCGGAUUGAGCCUCUCAACUUGCGAAAAAUCUCGACGCCGACAUCGCAUCACAUCACAUCAGCCCACCAUGUCGACCUGGGGUGAAUACUUCCGCGUCACCACUUACGGUGAAUCGCACUGCCGCUCUGUCGGCUGCAUUGUCGAUGGCUGCCCACCCGGAAUGGAGCUCACUGAGGAUGAUAUUCAGCCGCAGAUGACUCGGAGACGCCCCGGCCAGAGUGCCUUGACCACCCCUCGGAACGAGAAGGACCGCGUCGAGAUCCAGUCAGGAACAGAAUUCGGUGUCACUCUGGGCACUCCGAUUGGCAUGAUGGUGCGCAACGAGGAUCAGAGACCCAAGGAUUACGGCGGUAGCACAAUGGACCUGUACCCCCGCCCCAGCCAUGCCGACUUCACCUACCUCGAAAAAUAUGGCGUCAAGGCCAGCAGUGGUGGUGGCCGCAGCAGUGCCCGCGAGACGAUCGGCCGAGUCGCUGCCGGAGCCAUUGCCGAAAAGUACCUUCGCCUAUCGCACGGUGUUGAGAUCGUCGCCUUUGUCUCCUCCGUCGGCAACGAACACCUGUUCCCCCCUACUCCCGAGCACCCCACCGCCUCCACCCAGCCCGAGUUCCUGAACCUGAUCAAGACCAUCGACCGCAAGACUGUCGACUCCUUCGUACCCACCCGCUGCCCAGAUGCUGAUGCCGCCGCCCGCAUGACCAAGGUGAUCGAGCAGUUCCGCGACAACCACGACAGCAUCGGCGGCACCGUUACCUGCGUGAUCCGCAACGUGCCCGUCGGCUUGGGCGAGCCCUGUUUCGACAAGCUCGAGGCCAAGAUCGCCCACGCGAUGCUCAGCAUCCCCGCCACCAAGGGCUUCGAGAUCGGCUCCGGGUUCGGCGGCUGUGAGGUUCCCGGCUCGAUCCACAACGACCCCUUCAUUGUCUCCGACGUGGCAUCCCAGCUCGGUCCCAACACCUCCACCAAGCAGCGGCUCACCACCAAGACCAACAACUCCGGCGGUAUCCAGGGUGGUAUCUCCAACGGCGCCGACAUCUACUUCCGGGUCGCGUUCAAGCCCCCGGCCACCAUCGGCCAGGCCCAGAACACUGCCACCUACGCCUUGGAGGAGGGUAUUCUCGAGGCCAAGGGCCGCCACGACCCUUGCGUCACCCCCCGCGCCGUCCCCAUCGUCGAGGCCAUGUCCGCCUUGGUCAUCAUGGACGCCCUCAUGGCUCAGUAUGCUCGCGAGAGCGCCAAGAGCCUCCUGCCUCCCCUGCCCAACACCAUCCCCACCCGUCCUACCCUGAGCGGUUCCAACUAAAUAAAAAAAAAGCCCUUUUCUCCUCAUUGUAUCAUGAAAAUGUAAUCGAAUCAAUCAUCAUCCUUACGUUUUUUUCUCGUUUUUUUUCUCCAUAUUUCCGGGAACAGGCUUGGGAAAAGUUGUUUCCUUCAUUGAUUUGGAAUGUGGCUUCAACACUACAUUCAGUGUUGCCUAUAUAUCUUUUUUGGCCUGUUUGUUUCGAGACACCAUUCAUGAAAAUUAGAGUGCAGCGAUAUAUAUGAUGGUAUGACAUUUUUGGAUGAAUCAUAUAUUAUUCUUUUUCUUCUGGUAUAUCCAGCCUCGGCUUCAGAAAAAUACGGGCAUGUAUCUGGUUAUUUACCACACAUCAUUGUUGCUCAACGGCAUCAGCUUCCACCACGCCUUCCCUAAUCGGUCGAGUCCAGCCUGCGAUGCCGGCUUGCCCCGAUUGGAUGUUCCGUUG